CAUAACAUAACAAGAAACCAACCAACCGACGGUAAUACAUGACGUACCAAAACAACGUACACACUAGUCCACCAUCAGGCCGAGAAUGUGAGUGUCGCGAUCGACAGGUAUGACACCAACACGAACGAACACCACCUGUGCAUCUCCAUCCAUCUGUGUGUGUGUGGUCAUCAUCCAUGCAUAUCGCUGUGCGUGCAGGUCACUAAAGUGUUGACUCAUCGAUUCAUGCACACCGCACCGCCCCCCCCUCUCCCACCCUCUCGUUCUCCCUCCCUGUGCAUGCAUACACACAGGCAUGCAAGAAAAAUCAGGGGAAGGUGAGGAGCCGCACGCACGUGGCCAUCCCGCCAUACAGUGAGUGAGUGAGUGAGUGGAGUGGAGUGGCAUCAUCGAGUGGCAAAAAGAACAAGGGGACACACACAUAAUAGAAGUACCGGUGGGUCUGUCCACUUCACAAUAUGUGUGGGUCAUCCCGAAAAAAGACACCCUGGCACACACAAACAAAUACAUGUUCGUUCAAGUGGUCAGUCAGUGAAGCUCCCUUGUUAGUCAGUCAAUCAAUCAAUCAGGUCGUCUGCAGUCUGCCUUGACUACAAGUGAGUGAGAGAGCGAGUGCAGUGAUUCAAUCAGUGGCGUCAGUCAGUCGUCAAGCGAUCGGGUCAGUCAGGUUGCCUACCUGUCUGUUUGUCUCUGUCUGUCUGUCUGUCUGUCUCUCGGCCUUCCUGCAAGUGUCGGUCGACAGCGUCUGGAAGGCGGUGAAGGGCAGCUAUGCACGUGUGCAAAGUGUCACGUGUGGUCACCGACUGUGUUUCUGGUGACCGCUCACAGGGUCAUCAGAAACGCAGCAGGUGCCGGCAUGCCACACUUGCACACGUACAUCCCUGCCACUUACCAUCGUGUACUUUUACAUGGUCCCUGACGUUGACGCGAGGCAGUCGAUAUUAUUCAUGAGCUUGUGUCCCCCACCGUUCAGUGAGCGAUCUGUGUACAUGGAAUCAGUCAGUCAGUCAGUUAGUGAAUGUCUGUGUACAUCCCUCUGUCCCAGUGCGUCCAGCCCAUAUACACAUACACACAUACACACAUGUGCUCGCGCACAGCCAUGGUUUGUGGAUGAAUGAAUGCACCGGGAGUCAGUAGUAAGUGAGUUAGUCACCAGUGCAACUGAGUGAGGGUGAGUGAGUGGCCAUCGCCUCGUCCUGAUUGGUUGGUGGUGGUUCGCUCUUCUCUUUCCGUAAAAAACACAUCCAAUCGAUCUACAUACAUACAUACAUCGAUACAUACGUACAUACGUAAUGCAACCAAUGCACGUACAAGGAAGGCAGACAUAACAGACAAACACGCAAUCCACCCAACCAGCCAGCCAUCCAUGGAGGCAGCCACCCAGCUGUCCAGCCAGCCCAGCCCACAACUAAGUGACGUUAUAAACCACUGUAGCUAUCCACCUACCCAUGUACCUACCUAAUCGAUCAAUCACACAUACGCACAUCCAUCCACAGCCAGUCUGUCGGGCAGCCAGACCACACACACACACACACGCACGCACACACGAGACGGAGGUAGGGACGGAAGGUCAAACACAUCCACCAGAUUCAGUCAGUGCCACCACGCAUGGCACAUGUGCAGUCAGUCGAGCCAGUCAGUCAGUCAAACAUCGAUCGACGGGCAGACACACACUGUAUGUAUGUAUGUGUGUAUGUAUGUAUGUGGUGCCAGCAGACAGUCAGCCGUGGGUCAGCCCAUGCACUCAUACGAUGGAUGCACAGGCCGACCAGACACACACGGACGGACGGACAAAAGAUGGAUGCAUUCCUCUACCUUACAUUAUACUGCAGCCCACACAUUACAUUGCGCACACAACACUCUCCACACACACGAAUGCACAGCGGACGGACACACACGCCACACACACAUCACCCACAGCAGCAGCAGCACCAGACGAACACUUCUCGAUCGGUCGAUCAGUCCGUCAGUCAGUCAGCCAGCCCAUGCACACAGCAUACAGUCACACAGGAGCUCAAGCAUGCAUGCAUAUUACAGAGCGCAUCCAUGCCACUUGAAUUGACACGAACAGCUGUUUUCGCUUUUCGCUUGGAUACACGCCACGCAGACCACACAAUACGCCACAUGCCAUCACAUCACAUCACAACACACACGCAUCAGACAUACUGGCGGACAGACUGAGACAGUAAGCACGGUCAUUUUUAUGUGUCGGGAGGAAGGGAGGCAUGCAGCAGGCUGGCUGGCUGGCUGGCUGGCUCGCUGGCUGGUCACCCGCUAGCAAAAGAAACAUUCAGCUAUCAUCCAUCGUAUGCUAUCCUAACAGUAAUAUCCAAUGUGUUGCGGUCCAGCAUCCAUCCAUCCAUCCAUCCCCGCACCACACGGCGCCCUCCCUGAUGCCGCGCGCGUCUUGUCUUAUGCACCGGCCGAUGGGUCGUCCGCCACACCCCCGUUGGCUGCCAUGAGCAGCGUCAUGGGGGGCUCCGCCUGAGCACCCGUGGCGGCCUUGCACGAGGGAGAGCCGCCCGACGAGGCCGUGGAUGUGAUAGCCGUGGAGGCGCUCAUCGACCGCUCCCCCUUGGUGAGGAGCCCUGGGAUGGAUAGCCCCUCGGGAUCCACCAUGGACAUGCCCUUGGCCCCGGUGUUGGCGUUGCAGGCCAGCAGGGCCAUACGACGCUGGUACAGAGACGACGCACUCGGGUGCUCCAGACGGAUGCUGCAAUGGGAAUACACACAGCGACGAGGGGCGUGUGAGACGGUGGUGGCACACGGCCUUGUCUGUUUCAUCGCACUUGGUGAGCCGUCUCGGGUUGAGUGAUGAGAAGCCCGGUAUGAGGGGCGUGGGCGGUUCGGCAUCCGGCAGCUCACCGCGCGACAGCAAGAAGCUCUCCUCACUGUAGGAAUGAUGCAACCAUACAAACACACACACACCGGUCACACACACAAGCCAGUGAGGUGUCUUGCCGUGUACCUGGACUGGGAGGAUGGCAGGCGUUGCAGAGACAGCAUGCCUCCACACUCUCACAGGCACAAGCAUACACCUAUCAAAGUCGUAGGCCCGGGGGAUCUGAUCGUGGUGGGGAGACAGACAGCCCACCGCCUUCACAGCUCGACCUGGUUCACACGCAUGCCACCACACAGCACAGCACUGCUGCUGCUCAUCCCACAUCCCCAUGCGCCGGCUUGCCGUGAGCAGUGACUGGCCCUCCUCACCUGCAGCUUGGGAGUAGGCGGAUAUUGCGGGAAAGUUGUAAUAGCAGCUGGUAUGGUCGCUGCAAGUCGUCCUUCAACCCUGCUGCGACGCCGUAGCGCCACAACAAGCCCAACCUGUGCGGAUUCACUCGG